UUGUGUAUACAUAUAAUAUUGAUAAUAAAUAUUAUAAUGUAAUACAAUAUAAUAUUUAUUUAUUUAUUUAUUACAGUAUUUCUACCCCGCCCUUCUCACCCAAUAGGGGACUCAGGGCGGCUAAUAAUAAUAAUACAAUAUAAUAAUAUUGUAUAAUAUAAUAAUAUUAAUUAUAUAUUAUAUAUUAAAUGUAAUAUUACUAAUAAUAUUACGGUAUAAUGGUAUAGUACAAUAUAGUAAUAUAUAAUGCUAAUAUUGUGCUAUGCUAAUAAUAUAAUAUAUUGUAUGUACAUACAACUUGUAAGUCGCUCUGAGUCCCCUUCGGGGUGAGAGAAGGUGGGGUAUAAAUGUAGCAAAUAAAUAAAUAAAUAAAUUAUUGUUGUUGGUUUUUUUUUGUUUGUUUGUUUUUUGCACUACAAAUAAGACAUAUGCAGUGAGCAUAGGAAUUUGUUCGGGUUUUUUUUCAAAUGAUAAUUCGGCCCCUCAACAAUCUGAGGGACCAUGAAUCGGCCCUCCACUUAAAAAGUUUGAGGACCCCUGGUGUAGACCAUACAAAGACAGCUCAAUGCCAUUCAAACCGCAUUGUGUGGGUCUCCAUUGACCAUAUAAUGCAGUUCCAAGUUGCAUUAUUUGCCAGUGUAGACCAAAUCAAAAAAUGAGGUGGUGGCGGGGAGAAAUACUGAAAACCGGUGCCAAAAGGGAGCUGGAAGAUGCAAACUGUUUUUCUUUCCAAUCAACUCUACUUGGUUAAGCUUCAAUUUCUGGGCUUUCCUCUCCCAUUGGCUAUGAAGGAAAAGGAAUGUCACAACUCCCUGAGCUCUGCCUCCCAAAAGCUGCAAACUUGGCCGGCAACGGAUGGAUGCAUGAGCAUAACUUAUGCUCGCUCAGAGGGGCGAGGGCAUUUUUGGCUGCCACAAAUAUGAAAUCCCCUCCCUUUCUGUGUCUCUCUUUGCAGUCAGAGUUGCAUUCCCAACUUUGUCAAAAGAAGACACUUGGUUCUCCUUGAAGGAAGCAGCCCAGAGAGCCUGUGUUUCGGAGAUCAGUGUUGGACCCAAUGCGGACCGAAACCCACUAGCUUUCAGACCUAUCCAAGGACAACAAAGCCUUAGCAUUUGGCAACAAAGCAAAACUAUCCCAUGCCUGUGAGUUCACCACAAUCCACAUUUCUUCAUUGGAUUCCAUUAUGGAUUCCAACAAUGACUCCAUGACCCUCUCCAGGGAAGAGACGCCACAUGACCUCUUCUCAACCUCGACGAAUGCCUCCAACUUGUCCUCUCCUUGUCCGGUCCUCCGCUCCAACUACCAGUUUGUGGUCAUCCCAACGCUCUACUGCUUCAUCUUCAUCCUGGGACUGGUGGGCAACAGCAUCGUUGUUGCGGUGUUGUGUUGGCAACGGAGGCCAAAGACGGUAGCCAACAUCUACAUUGUCAACUUGGCGGUGGCCGAUCUCCUCACCUUGGUCACUGUCCCCUUCUGGGCCGCUUACUACGCCUAUGGGUACAACUGGCUCUUCGGCUCGGCGAUGUGCAAGAUCUCCGGCUCGCUCCUCUCCUUAACCAUGUUUGCCAGCAUCUUCUUCAUCACCUGCAUGAGCGGCAACCGCUACAAGGCCAUUGUUCACCCCUUCAGGUCCCAACAAGGAACUCCGAGGAAGGCGUCAGUUGUGGCCUUCACAGUGUGGGGAUUAGCUGCUUUGGCUUCCUUGCCCACCUUCUACUUCAGGAACACCAAGUAUAUCCCAGAGUUGGAUGUAACCGCUUGCAUCAUGGCCUAUCCAUUGGAGAAGUACUCGAAAUGGUCAGCCGGGACUGCCUUGGUGAAGAACACAUUGGGGUUCCUCAUCCCACUCUCUGUUAUCACUGUGUGCUAUGUUUCCAUCAGGAUCCAUUUGAUGAAGGCCAGGGGGUUCAGGAAGACCAAGCAGAUGAGGGACCACGUCUUGAAGCUGGUGGCUGCGGUGGUGGUGGCCUUCUUGAUCUGCUGGCUCCCCUUCCACAUCUUGACCUUUCUGGAUGCCUUGUUUUGGAUGGAGGUGAUCAGCGACUGCCAGGUCACCUCCGCUAUUGACGCCGCUUUGCCUUUCGGCCUCUUGAUGGGCUUCACCAACAGCUGCAUCAACCCUUUGUUGUACUACUUCAUCGGAAGGCAGUUCCAGGACAGGCUCCAACAUCUGCUGAAGCUGAGCCUCUACCAGUUUAAUAGCAAUCGGGAUAUUUUUCGUGCCGGCAAAAUCAACUCAGUCAAAACUGUUGACUCUUUGGUGGAUGCCGAACAUGGAGGAGACGCCGUUGAGUCUUUGGUAGAUGCCAAACAUGGAGGAAAGGCUUCAAACUGACCCAUUGUGCCAUUGAGUCUUUGGUAGAUGCUGAACAGAAAGACCUCAAAUUGACCUAUUGUGCCAUUGAGUGCUUGGUAGAUGCUGAACGGAAAGUCCUCAAACUGACCCAUUGUGCCAUUGAGUCUUUGGUAGAUGCUGAACAGAAAGUCCUCAAAUUGACCCAUUGUGCCAUUGAGUCUUUGGUAGAUGCCAAACAUGGAGGAAGGACCUCAAACUGACCCAUUGUGCCAUUGAGUCUUUGAUAGAUGCCAAACAUGUGCCAUUGUGCCAUUGAGUCUUUGGUAGAUGCCAAACAUGGAGGAAAGACCUCAAAUUGACCCAUUGUGCCAUUGAGUCUUUGGUAAAUGCCAAACAUGGAGGAAGGACCUCAAACUGACCCAUUGUGCCAUUGAGUCUUUGGUAGAUGCCAAACAUGGAGGAAGGACCUCAAACUGACCCAUUGUGCCAUUGAGUCUUUGGUAGAUGCCAAACAUGGAGGAAGGACCUCAAACUGACCCAUUGUGCCAUUGAGUCUUUGGUAGAUGCCAAACAUGGAGGAAAGACCUCAAACUGACCCAUUGUGCUAUUGAGUCUUUGGUAGAUGCCAAACAUGUGCCAUUGUGCCAUUGAGUCUUUGGUAGAUGCCAAACAUGGAGGAAAGAUCUCAAACUGACCCAUUGUGCCAUUGAGUCUUUGGUAGAUGCCAAACAUGGAAGAAAGAUCUCAAACUGACCCAUUGUGCCAUUGAGUCUUUGGUAGAUGCCAAACAUGGAGGAAAGAUCUCAAACUGACCCAUUGUGCCAUUGAGUUUUUGGUAGAUGCCGAACAUGGAAGAAAGACCUCAAACCGAGCCAUUAUGAGUUUCCUGAACAAGCUAUGGAAAUAUUUCAUUAGACGUUUUGGCACUUCUAUGGAUGUUCUGGUCUCUCUGUUAUGGGUACAUGUACACUGUAUAAUGAAUGUAGGUUAAUACCACUUUAACUGCCAUGGUUCAAUGCUAUGGAAACCUCAGAGUUGUAGUGACUCAAUACUAUGGAAACAUGGGAUUUGUAGAUUUGUAGAUUUGUAGAUUUACAAAAUAGCUGGCCUUCUCUGACUAAGAGUGCUGGUGCUUUAUCUAACAACUCACAGGAUCCCAUAAUAUUGCACCAGUGUUGUCAAACUGCAUUUGUUCUACAAUGUAGAUGCGCCUUAUGUACCUCUUCUGUUUGUCCCCAUUUCACCAAAGCACAAACUGUUCAGCGAAAACCCUGCUUUUCAUUUCUGGGGGGAAUACUCUUUCUUUGGAAAGAGCCCUCGUAUAUUUUCAUUGCAGCAUCUUAAAAUAAAUAACCGGGGAUGCAAUAAUCCCUCUUCAGUAAACAUCGCAAGGACAUCAUGAGCCCAGAUGCUUUCUGUUUUUAUGGCCAUUGAGGGGGAAAGUCUGAGAUACAAGACAUACCAGGAGGCUUGCCAGCCCACGGAUGCCCUUUUAUUUUUGGUGUGUUGAAAAUCUUUUUCUGGGGCAAAAGCCCAAUGGGAGAAUUCCUGGCAACUCACUUCAGGCCAAGUUAUAUAAAUAAAGUGAUUUCGGAGACA